CUCAUCUGUACGAACACCAGCUAUCAAGAGCAAUAUCCCGAAUAUAUAUCAAGAUAAGACAUGAGUGACCGUCCUGAGCGUCCACCGGUAUGGGUUAGGGGCGGACCGCCUUACUUCUAUCAUCCUCGUCGACCAUCUGCACCAUCUGCACCAUCUGAGGUUGCGAAUGAAGAGUUGCGACGUGCAUCAACCACCUCCAGCAUCCCAUCUGUUACUGGCAUCGUACCAGACCGAUCCAGCUCGAUCUCAUCUACCACCUCCGCCACACAGAACGCUCAGCAAGCUGGCGUAGCAUCGACUCUAUUCCCCUUCAUGGCCAAAGAUCGUUCAGGCUCGAUGUCGUCUGAGUCAGGAACAGGGCCUGAACGAGACCAGUCAAAGAGAAGAAGCUCGCAUUCCGAAGGGAGCUAUGCUGGGCUAAUGACGCAGAAGCGAAUGUCAGAAGACCCGCUCUUUGCUAGUAGGCGGGAGAGUUGGAGGGAGCAGGCUGCCAAUUCUCGACCAGAUGAUAGGAGAUUCCUUAGCCGUUGGUGGGAUAAUUUUGUUAAAGGAGAGCGACAGGCACCUCCCAAGAACAAGUGAUAGUUUUCUCUACCACGUCUAUAAGGUGGAUGGCGUAAAAAUUUGACAAAAGCUGACCCAAAUGGCGAGUUUUGGAGAACUUUGUUGAACCCAGGCUAUUUCUUUGCAAUAAUGUGGU